UAUUUAUUUAACUAAAAAUUAGAUAAAUUUUGUGAUGUUUUCUAAUUAUAUUAGUAAAAGUUUAUAAGAAAAUAUUCAAAUAUUGAAAGUAAUACGAGGGUUACUGAAAUUUCGUCCCGCCAUCCUCCAACGACCUGGACUAGUCUACCAGAAGCAGCCGUGGAAGAAAAGUCAAUUCGCCACCGCGUUUUUCAGUUCUAAUCCUUACAUAAUUCUCCCAUAAUCCUCUCCCAAAUCCACAAAUUCUUUCUUUCUCCAAUCGAUCAGAUUAAGGAACGAUUUUGAUUUCUGAUUUUGUGUUUUAUUUUUUUGAAUUUUGAAAACACCGGCGACAAAGAUGAACGAUCUUCUAUCCCGCUCGUUUUCCGCCGGUCGCAACGGUGAUAUUGAGAUGGGGAACGCCGCCGAUGGCGACGGUACGAACCUCGACAAGUUCUUUGAAGAUGUGGAGGCGAUAAAGGAGGAGCUCAAAGGUCUUGAGUUACUUCACGAUCAACUUCAAUCGUCGAACGAGGAGAGCAAAACCCUACACAACGCUAAAUCCAUCAAAACCCUACGAACGAAGAUGGACAACGACGUCGCUUUGUCUCUGAAGAAAGCGAAGCUUAUUAAGAAUCGUCUAGAAGUCCUAGACCGUUCCAAUGCAUCCAACCGGAAUCUCCCCGGCUGUGGUCCGGGGACCUCCACCGACCGGACACGAACCUCCGUCGUAAACGGUCUCCGUAAGCAACUCCAGACGUCGAUGAAGUCCUUCAACGAGCUCCGUCAGAAAAUGACCGCCGAACACCGGGAAACCGUUCAGAGAAGGUACUACACCGUCACCGGCGAAAACGCUGAUGAAGCUACGGUCGAUAACCUAAUCUCAACAGGACAAAGCGAGACUUUUCUACAGAAGGCGAUUCAGGAGCAAGGAAGAGGACAGGUGAUGGAUACAGUGCUUGAAAUUCAGGAACGACACGACGCCGUUACAGUGAUCGAGAGAAACCUUAAGGAGCUUCAUCAGGUUUUCAUGGAUAUGGCUGUGCUUGUGGAACAUCAAGGAGCGCAACUCGAUAACAUCGAGGACCAUGUCAACAGAGCCAACUCGUACGUGACUCGUGGAACUGUUCAAUUGAAUGAAGCCAGGAAGAAACAAAAGAACACACGAAAGUGGACUUGUUAUGCGAUCCUUCUGUUACUGAUUAUCAUCGCCAUCAUCGUCUUGUCCAUUAGACCAUGGAAGUAGAAACCUGUACUCUGCGCUCCAAUACUUGUACCUUUUGGUAUGUUUAUUAGUUUUUGUUUUCCAAUUAUUUGUUCAUAUUCGUGGGUGAGAUGCUGAGAUUGAUGUUUUCUGGUUUGAUCGGUGUUCAUAGUAUUGUAAUUUAAUGGCAGAUGAGAUGAUAUUCAUUCUUCUAUUUUCUUCGUUAA